CCGGGGUGUAUUUUCAUUAAAGACGCUCUAGCGCGUUGUUAUAUUGAUAAUUCAUUUUGUUAUUUAAUUGUAUGUACACUUUUUAAAUAAUGGCUACUUUUGAUUUAGUUACUCAAGAAAUAUCUAAUGAAUAUUUGGAUUUUCUCGAUGAUGAGGAAGAUCAAGGAAUGUAUCACAGACGAGUGAAAGAUAUGAUAGACGGAAAAGGGGUUCGAUUACUUGUCAACAUUAAUGACUUGAGGAAAAAGAAGCCUCAAAGAGCAAAAAAUUUAUUGACAGCUGGUUCUGUUGAAUUAGGCGCAUUCCAAAUGGCCCUGAAGGAAUAUAUACACACAGUUGACCCUGCCUGUGAAAUUGAAGAUUUCUUUAUUGGUCUCGAAGGUAGCUUUGGUAGAAGGCAUGUAACACCUAGGACUUUAUCUUCAAGAUUUCUGAAUAAUCUUAUUUGUCUUGAAGGGAUUGCAACACAAUGUUCACUUGUGAAACCUAAACUGGUUACUAGUGUCCAUUAUUGUCCUGCAACAAGUAAAAUUUCAAAAAGAAAUUACACUGAUCUUACUUCACUGAAUCCGGUUGUGACUGCACCAAUGUAUCCAACACAGGACGAAGAAGGAAAUAUUUUGGAGACAGAAUUUGGACUUUCUAAGUACAAAGAUCAUCAGACAUUAAUCAUACAGGAGAUGCCUGAAAAAGCCCCUGCUGGUCAACUUCCUCGAUCAGUGGAUGUUAUCUGUGAUAAUGAUCUUGCUGAUAAGUGUAAGCCAGGUGACAGGGUGCAGAUUGUUGGUAUAUAUCGUUGUUUGCCUGAUAAGAGGGGAGGUUUCACUACUGGAGUAUUCAGAACUGUAUUGCUUGCUAAUAAUAUUUCAUUAUUGAAUAAAGAAACCAAGCUGGCUAUGUCUCGGAAAGAUGUUGCUAAUUGUAGGAAAUUCGCAAAGAAGAAAAAUAUAUUCGAGCUACUGAGUCGAUCUCUCGCUCCUUCUAUUCAUGGAAAUGAAUAUGUUAAAAAAGCUUUGUUGUGUAUGCUUCUUGGAGGUGUUGAAAAGGUGCUGCUCAACGGUUCAAGGCUGCGAGGAGAUAUAAAUAUUUUAUUGAUUGGUGACCCUAGUGUAGCCAAAUCACAACUUCUAAGGUAUGUGUUAUGCACUGCGCCAAGAGCUAUAGCUACCACUGGAAGAGGAUGCUCUGGCGUUGGUUUGACUGCUGCUGUAACCACUGAUCAAGAAACAGGAGAUAGGCGAUUGGAAGCAGGAGCUAUGGUUCUAGCUGAUAGAGGGAUAGUUUGUAUUGAUGAAUUUGACAAAAUGUCUGAUAUUGACCGUACCGCAAUUCACGAAGUGAUGGAACAGGGUAGAGUCACUAUCGCAAAGGCAGGCAUUCACGCUAGGCUCAAUGCUAGAUGUUCCGUAUUAGCAGCUGCAAAUCCCGUCUAUGGAAAGUAUGAUCAAUAUAGACCACCGAUGGAAAAUAUUGGUCUCCAAGAUUCUCUUUUAUCUCGAUUCGAUCUUCUCUUUGUUAUGUUAGACAUCAAGGACAAUGAAGCUGAUGCAAGGAUAUCUGAUCACGUGGUUAGGAUGCACAGAUAUAGGUCUCCUCAGGAACAAGAUGGGGAAAUACUUGCUAUUGAAACUACAGUUGACUACCUUACAACUAAUGCCCAAGAAGAAGAUCUUAGUAAUGAAGACACGCCUGUUUUUGAAAAAUACGAUCCUCUUUUACAUGGCAAUUCCAGAUCUAAAACAGAUAGAAUCUUCACAGUCAGAUUCAUGAGGAUGUAUUUGCAUAUUGCUAAAACACUGAAGCCUACUUUGACCGAUGAAGGUGCUGCAUUAAUUGCUGAAGAAUAUGCUAGGCUGAGAUCUCAAGAUGCCAUCGAAACUGGUGUUGCAAGGACUCAACCUGUAACAGUGAGGACGCUAGAGACUCUCAUUCGACUUGCCACCGCUCAUGCCAAAGCAAGGUUUAGUUGUAAUGUUGAAUUGGAGGAUGCUCAGGCAGCGAUAGAGUUAGUUCAGUAUGCAUACUUCAAAAAGGUACUGGAGAAAACUAAAAAGAGAAGGCGUCCCAGGAAGGAGGGCGAUGUUUCAGACUUAUCUGGUGAAGAAGACGAACAUGAUGAUGAUGAAAAUGAUGCAGAUGAAAACGCUGGUGAUGAUACUUCUCAACCUGUCAAAAAAAGGAAACCAUCUCCUGAUGAUACUGUGGCAACAGAACAGGAAGAGCCUAGUCAAGAAGUACAUUCAGAACCUAUGGAAACCGCACCUGAAGAAAGUGAUAUUUCUCCAGAAAGGCUGACAGUUUUUAGACAACAUGCUGCAACAGCUUUCCAAGAAGUUCGAGCUCAGAGUUGUAGACUCUCAGAUCUUGUGACUAAAAUCAACAGUAAGAUGGUAGAUAAAGAGUUCACUCAAAGUGAAGUAAAUAAAGCGAUUAGCAUUAUGUCCAGUGAAAAUCAAGUUAUGGUUUCAGAAGACGUUGUGUAUUUAAUUUAAAUGUUUAAUUUUAAUUGUAC